AUUUCUCUCUCACAAAUAAAAUAAAAUAAAAUAAAGAAGAUACAAGUCAAUUUUAUUGGUCGUCUCUUGCACAAUAAAAGGAUUUCUGUUCUCCUUCUUCUUCUGCUCUUUUACACUCUUUUCGCCGGCAAAAAAAAAAAAAAAAGUUUUGAGAUUUUAUAGCAGGAAUAAAAAUAAUAAAUAAAUUGGAAUUGUUCUGAUUGAUCGAUCGGCCGAUGGAGGAUUGCGCGAGCAGCGGUGAGGAUUACUACCAUUCGUCCGAUGGAGAGUCCCUUGACGGUCUCGAGAAUGAGGACUCCGUUCUACUACAGUGGGCCCCAACCAAGGGUCCUUCUACCAAGGUUAUUACUAAAGAAUCACUUUUAGCUGCACAGAGGGAGGAUUUACGGAGAGUAAUGGACAUGCUGUCUCUAAGGGAGCACCAUGCUCGGACUCUACUAAUCCAUUAUCGAUGGGAUGUUGAGAAGUUACUUGCUGUACUUGUGGAGAAGGGAAAAGCAUACUUGUUUGCCGAAGCAGGUGUGUCCGUUGUUGAGAGUGAGGAUACAGGAACACCAGUGUUGACUUCAUCUAUAGCAAUGUGUGGCAUAUGCAUAGAGGAGUUACCUGGUGAUAAGAUGACGAAAAUGGACUGUGGCCAUGCCUUUUGCAAUGACUGCUGGACAGAGCAUUUUGUUGUGAAAAUAAAUGACGGUCAAAGUAGGCGCAUUAGGUGUAUGGCACACAAGUGCAAUGCUAUUUGUGAUGAAGCGGUUGUUAGAAAUCUAGUUGGUAAAAGGCAUCCUGAUCUAGCUGAGAAAUUUGAUCGUUUUCUUCUUGAGUCAUACAUUGAAGAUAAUAGGAUGGUUAAAUGGUGCCCUAGUACUCCUCAUUGUGGAAAUGCAAUACGAGUUGAGGAUGAUGAAUUUUGUGAGGUAGAGUGCUCUUGUGGUGUACAGUUUUGUUUCAGUUGCUUAUCAGAAGCACACUCGCCAUGUUCAUGUAUGAUGUGGGAGCUUUGGACCAAGAAGUGCCGAGAUGAAUCAGAAACAGUUAAUUGGAUCACUGUUCAUACAAAACCUUGUCCAAAGUGUCACAAACCUGUGGAGAAAAAUGGUGGAUGUAACCUUGUGAGCUGUAUCUGCGGACAAGCAUUUUGUUGGCUGUGUGGUGGAGCUACUGGACGGGACCAUACUUGGUCAAGAAUUACUGGUCAUAGCUGUGGUCGCUACAAAGAAGACAGUGAGGAAAAUACUGAACGAGCUAAGCGAGAUCUAUAUCGAUAUAUGCACUAUCACAACCGUUAUAAAGCUCACACAGAUUCAUUUAAGCUUGAGAGUAAACUCAAUGAGACUAUACUGGAGAAGGUAUCAAUUUCUGAAGAGAGGGAAUCGAGGCUUAGAGAUUUCAGCUGGGUAACUAAUGGACUCUGUAGACUUUUUAGAUCAAGGCGGGUUCUUUCAUAUUCGUACCCAUUUGCCUUUUACAUGUUUGGAGAAGAAUUAUUGAAGGAUGAGAUGACAAAUAAGGAAAGGGAAAUAAAACAGCUUCUAUUUGAGAAUCAGCAACAGCAACUUGAGGCAAAUGUUGAGAAACUCUCUAAGAUUUUGGAAGAGCCCUUUGAUCAAUAUAAUGAUGAUAAAAUUAUGGAGAUACGAAUGCAAGUAAUCAAUCUUUCUGUGAUCAUCGAUACCCUUUGUAAGAAAAUGUAUGAAUGCAUUGAGAAUGAUUUAUUGGGUUCUCUCCAAUAUAAUACCCAUAAUAUAGCUCCGUACAAAUCUAAGGGCAUUGAGAAAGCAUCAGAGCUUGCUAUCUGUCAGAACAGUAAACCCAGUACUGCUACUGAUAAAUGUCUUCCCUCUGAUUGUGGCAGUAGUGGCAAACGAGAUCGACCUUUCAGCUUUGGGAGUUCAGAUGACAGUGGUUGCACAUCCCAGAAGCGACACAAAAAGGAAAGUUAUGGAGGUGGAUUCUUUGAUCUGAACUUGCCAGCGGAAGUUCUUGACAGGAAUUGAUCUCUGAUAGGCUUUUUCUAAGAAGUACAGAUGUACAGAUCUAACUGGAGACCCUCAUUUGGUCUAAUGGGAUUUGAUCAUUUAUGGAUUGAGCACCACUCAAAUGCUUUCCUUUCCCUGCCUAGACUCUUUUUUGUCCCCUCAUCAUGCGCAUCCUUUCUAUUUUAGCGAUAUCCCGGAAGAGUAAUACUGGAAUUCCAUGGGUUAUUUUUUUAUCUUUCAAGGCUCUGUGAACUGAAAAUAGAUAUACUGUACAAGUGUACAUAGGCCUUAUGUUGAGCUUUUGAAUAUAUAUGUAAAUUCUUAACCUGUGAUUUGAGUGGUGUAAAAUUUGUCCUUUUUAAUAUAUAUUUUUUUGGUA